GAUUUGGAGUAUAGCUUUUGGUCUAAAACACCACAUUCUUCAAAUCCAUCCUGUUUUAGCGUAGUCGUUUCCUUAAUAUAUUUUUUUUAUUUUAUAGAGGCUCUUUGCCGAUUGGCUCACAUUCGCCUCCUUUCCUUAAUAGUGAUCCUAAUGGUGAGUCGACCCAUAGCGAUGAAGAAGAACUUUCAAUAUAUUAUUUUGUGAUGAAUACAAUACUUAUUCUACAGAAUUCUAGCAAAAGAUUCGAUUCCCAUGAUCUUUUUGAGUGUAUUAGUUUGAAACGAUAUUGAAUAAGAAACAGGUUUUCGUAAAAGCACGCAAUCGAAGAUCAGAUUCCCAACAAUUUAAAACAGUGCUCGAAUAGCGAUGGUCCCCUUUACAUUGUUAAUUUCGACGAUCGUUCUGUCGGUGGGGCUUUGUACAGCGAAUACGUUGCACGGUAAUUCCUUUGACGCAAUUAAAGGAUGCCUGCAGUUUGACGAUGUGCCUGGAUAUAACGAUACACCGGUGUACUUUGCCACAAACACGUUCCGAAAUGUGGGCCGCACUAGUAACUCUCGCUACUUCCGGAUUGGCAUAGUCGGUGCCAACGAUGGCCACAUUCGCUUCGGACGAUCGGCAUUCCCUUUCGAUGAAAACGUCGUAGAGCUGGUGCUAAGUGGCUGGGGUAAUACACAGUCGGUAGCUCGAAGGCAGAUACGUCGCCGAAAUCAAUCGUUCAACAAUGUGCUGUUGAAGGAAGCUUCCACACCGAAAUUGCUGCACCGAUCGAGACCGUUUGUGUUCCGGAUGGAAGUGUUCGAGAAUGGACGUGUCCAGCUGACGAAAGAUGGUGAACGGCGACCAUUUUUCGAGUACAGCGAUAGCCAGAAUGUGAUUCCAGCGGAUUAUAUGGCGUUCGUAAAGUGGGACGUGAAUUUGAUUUAUUUCUACGAUUGUCCGUUGAACGAUGACGGUGGAGUUAGCGACGAGUCAGUGCUUUUACGCUGCAGCCUUGCUUAAGAUUCGUGUGAACUUACAUACUGGGAAGGGCUUUAUUACUUGCUAAAUAACAGAAAUGUUGUAUAAGAUGUAUGAGGCAAUAAAUUGUGUAAGAAAUGUUUUAUUCUCCAA